AUGACGUCGGAUAAUAAGUUCGACCCCGCAUCGAUCAUCAAAUCCACCCAAACAGUUCUUUCUGUUGAUGAUAUUCCUGUCGACUCUGUCUUGUCUGGUCAGGAUCGGAAACUUUUGAUCGAUCAUGAGAUCGAUAAAGAUGAAGCAGUUAUCUUGGCACUUGGUUAUAAGCAAGAGUUCAAAAGAGAAUUUUCCUUACUUACAACUUUUGGUGUCUCGUUCUCUGUGUUGGGUUUAUUACCUUCCAUUGCUUCCACCUUGUGGUACUCUUUGGCUUAUGCAGGAAACGCUGGAAUAACUUGGGGCUAUCUAGUCGGUAUGAUUGGUGUCAUGGCUGUCGCACUUUCAAUGGCUGAAAUCUCUAGUACCUAUACUACAGCAGGUGGUUUGUAUUAUGCUACUGCGAGAAUGGCUCCUCCUAAAUAUAAGGCUAUUUUAUCGUGGAUUGUCGGAUGGUCAAACUACUUUGUGCAGGUCACAGGAGCUCCAUCCGUUGGAUAUGGAUGUGCAGCCAUGAUUCUUGCGUUAGCCCAAAUCUCAAAUCCAAACUAUGUCUACCAAGAUUGGCAUUGCUACCUAUUGACCGUGGGUAUUACUUUCGUUGGAGCCAUCAUUGCAUCUGCUCCUACAAAAUGGAUUGCUUACAUUAAUAGUGUUUCAACUUUGUUGAAUUUGUUGUUUCUCUUUAUCUCGUUCGUGGUUAUGCUAGCUGGUAAUACCAGAGAAGAGCAGGGACUCCCGAAGUUUAACAGUAAUAGCGUUGCCUGGGGUAUAGACAAUCAGACUGACUGGCCAGAUGGUAUAUGUAUUCUUAUGACUUUUAUGGCCGUUAUCUGGACCAUGUCUGGUUUUGAUUCUCCCUUCCAUUUGGCAGAAGAGUGUUCUAAUGCUCAACUUGCUACACCUAGGGCCAUUGUUUUGACUGCCUCCGUGGGUGGUGUCUUGGGUUUUGUUUUCCAGUUGGCUUUAGCUUACACGAUUGUCGAUAUUGAUGAGGCAGUGAAUGAUGAAUUGGGUCAACCAUAUAUUGCAUAUUUGAAUCAAAUCAUGACUAAGCCUAGGGUUAUGGCCAUUGGCUCUUUUGCAGUCAUUUUGGCAUUCACCAUGUCUUUUUCAUGUAUGAUCGCAGCAUCGAGAGUUUUGUUUUCUUACUCUAGAGAUGACUGCUUCCCUCUAUCCAGAUACUGGUGUAGAGUGAACAAACUCACUUCCACGCCCGUGAAUGCCGUUUGGGCUAACUGGUUUAUUGGCCUUCUUCUUUGCUUGCUCAUGUUUGGAGGAGUGGCUAUUGAUGCCAUAUUCUCUGUCGGUGCUAUUGGUUCGUUCAUUUCCUUUACUGUUCCAACCCUUUUGAGAAUUACUUAUGCUAGACGUUCAUUCAAAAAAGGUCCUUGGAAUUUGGGUAGGUUUAGUAUACCAUGUGGUAUUGUCGCCUGUUCUUUCGUCUUACUUAUGAUUCCUAUACUUAAUUUCCCUCAGUACAGGGGUGCUGACAACACGCCGGAUCUUAUGAAUUGGACUGUCGUGGUUUACUGGGGCUCUAUGUUGUUGGUCGUUCUUUGGUACUUUAUCUACGCUCACAAGAUAUACCAAGGUCCAAGGAGUAACAUUGAUAAGAAUACUGUGAUUACCGGAGAUGAGGCUGCUGAAGUUAUAGAGGCCGUUGUCAGUAGUAACCACAACGUUAAGUUUGGUUAUGAUGAUGAAAAAGCUCUAGUGAAGGUCCCAGGCAGUCUAGAAGAGAAGUUCGAUGCAUAA